GAUGAAUUUAGGUCAGAACUUUUGGAAGGGGUACGUGCAUGCGAUCAGAACAAAGCUCCUAUUCAAUGGAUCCGAGACUAUGCCAUUCUCGAGAUGCUCGGUUGUGGAGCUUUCGGUGUGGUCUAUAAAGCCCGACGUGAUAAUGCUCCAUCUGCCUUUUAUGCAAUCAAAGAGGCAAGUCUUUAUGAGGAUUCAAUGAUUCCACCAUAA